UCUUUCGCCACCACUUCACUGUUCAUCGUUCAGUGCUACAGAGCUUUCUGCUACUACUCGCUCAGUGAAUCGCCUUUUCGGACAUGGCAGUCCCUUCAUUAUCAAAAGCCGAAAGAGCAUACAUCCAGGCUUCACUACAGGCAUCUCCGCCCUUGCGCGCUGACGGUCGGUCCCUGCUCGAUUUUCGGACCGUUCUUCUGGAGACAGGCGUCGCGCCGCUCGCGAACGGUAGCGCGAAGCUGAACAUCGGGAAAGCACCGCAGGAAGGCGGGGGCGGUACAGAGGUCAUCGCUGCCACAAAGCUCGAAGUGGAAGACGUCGAGACCGGGGAUGGAGUCGACGGCGGGAGACUAGUCUGCACAGUAACGUGUUCUCCAUCUGCCUACCCGCACUUGUCCACGAACGCGCUGGACGAGCUGCAGUACGACCUGACCAUCCUCCUGCACCAAACGCUCUCCCACCCGACUCUCCACCCCAACAACCUCGGGAUCCUCCCGCACAAGAAGUCAUGGCUUCUGAGCCUCGACCUUGUUAUCCUCGCUGAUGCAGGCAACGUCGUCGACGCGCUGUUCAUGGCUGCGCGUGCAGCACUAUGGGACACGAAGGUGCCAAGGACGCGGCCCUUACAAUACCAGUCAAGGAAGGCAGGAGACGCAUUGAAGAACGCAGACGCGAUGGAGGUGGAGGGUUUGCCGGAGAUCACGAGCGCAUUCGACACACGCGACAUGGCGAGGGCCGCUGCGGACUUCGAGCUUCCGGACUACUGGGACGAGGGCGAGGUCCUGGAGGGAAGAGACAGAUGGCCUGUAUGCGUGACACUGAAUUUGCUGCCGCCUUCACAUUUUCUCGACGCGACGCUGCUGGAAGAGGCUUCGACACCCAUCAGGCUCCUGCUGGCCUACUCCUUCCCCCACAAAUCACAACCUAACUUGCAAGCGAUGCGGUUCAUUGGAUCUGGCGAGGUCGUCUUGACGCAAUUGAAGGCUCUCAACGCGGAUGGUGAGAAGUACGCUCGCUCGCUCUUCGAUUCCCUCGAGACAAAGCUGCGAGAUGAAGAUAUCCGAAGGAACGUGAAAGCCAGAGACAAGUUCGCUGUACGGUAACAGAAAGUCAAAUGAGGGCUGCUUGGCGGCCGAAAAGUAACGCAGGUAUUGAUAUAAUGUGUACGAGUCGUAUUGUCGGAUUUGCUGCCGGAUGGCGUCCAUCUCAUUGCUGGAGGUGUUCCCUCUUUCAAGGGGCUGUGCACACUUCAUCAACGUCUGAACAUGCAAGUCUUUGAUAAGUCGCAUACACUCUAAACCGCAGGGUCGAUCGGCCUCGGUAGCUCAGCGCUCAGUAGCCAUCGACAGAACUGUCUUGGACUUUUACAGAGUGUUUCGAGUAGGUAACCACCGUGAUCCAUCCAGUUCAGAUGGAGAGCUGACGAC